UUAUCUGUUUUCUCGUCCUUGUUCUAUGGUUUCUUUACUUUGUUUUCUUUGUUGUCUUUUUGCAGCCAUUUUGUUUUGUCGUGACUACUCAUCACUCAAUAUUUGUUAAUGAACUCCCAUCUUGUCUGCUCUCUCUCUCUCUCUCUCAACCAUUCAUACUCCAACAAGGAUGAUGUCAUAUCCUGGCGACCUUAAUGGAAGAUGCGAUCCAUUGGAAAAAAUAAAUAAAUUCCAAUACAUUUCUCCAUUUCACAUGCAGCAAGUGCAGCGUCUCCACGGUGAAUUGACACCAUCUUCGAAUUAAUGACUUUUCUUCUUCUUAGGUCUAUAAGAAGGCGGCGUCUUUGCUGUGUUUUGGUAUCAACAGUCCACGCAUCCAGGACUGAUAAUCUACCACAUUAGCAGCUAGGAGAAGACCGAGUCGACUACAUGAUGUUGGCGUGAUUAAUGCAUUUCAUCAACCAUCCUUCCUUCCAUGAAUCUAGAGUUUGCUGCAACUGAAGUUCAAUUCAAAUAAGCUUUCUAUAAGGCCUGUAGUCACUGUAAUAGAGUCUUCAUUUCCACCGGGGCUUUCUUUCACACUGAAUUUCCUUUUGGGCGCAGUUUAAUUUGCAAGUUCUUCAUCUGCCAAAAAGAAAAAGGAAAACGAAAGAAGGAAAUACAUAAAAAAUGGGCUGUAACUACAACAGCAAUGCUGUCAUGGACAUAAACACAUACUCUAAGUUUGUGACCACAACUCUGGUUAUGCCGGAAGGCCGUGGCUGCCUUUAUGAUUAUCUCACAAGAGAGUUAGGCAAUCUCAAUUCUCAAAUCAACGGCAACAGGAACCACCACAAUCAGACUGCAGCUGCCAUCAGUGACCUCAAGUCCUUUGUCGCCAACUCCAUCAGCGAUCUCUCUUCCAGGAUAGCGCGGUUAGAAUCAGCAAACGAAAAGCGAAAAAGCGAAGUGAUUGCCGAGAUCAACACGAUCGCCGGUUUAGGCAAUCGUCCGACAAGUUUCAAGGUAAAAUGGCAGAAUCCGGACGGAUUCUCCAAAGACGUGGACAUCAACUGCAAGGAUGUCUACCACCUGAUGGAGUCGAUCAUGAAGAACCUCUUCUCCUUCGUGGACGAGGCCAUAGGCCUCGGAGAUCGCCAGAACAAGGCCUCCUUCCCACUGGUAAAUGCUGAGACUGAUACCAAGCGUGACAAUUAUGCUUCGAAGCAGUCCCUCAGAGAGCUGAUCAUAAAUCAGGACAAGGAGAACUCAAAUUUUCAGCUUGAAGUGGUAAAGAAGUACUUGUUUUGGCUGAGAACUUUGAACCCCAAAGAACUAAAAAUGCAUAAUAUCCAUACUUGGAUCGAAACGAAUAAGACCAACGUGGUGAAUUCGAUGAAGGAUUUUGAGGCCAAAUUCUUGGUGCACGAUAAGAAAAUGGACGCAGUCUUGUUGGCACUGAACAUAGACGUUGGCAAGAUCAAGAUAGAACUUGUAAAUGCCUCUAACCUGAACAUCAAGAGGCAAGUAGACGUCAUGUCCGACCAACUCAGACUCUACAAGCAGGAGCAGGUCAAUCUGCUGCAAGCCAUUGCCAAUAAAGAGGAUCAGAUCAGGAAGCUCCAAGAGAAAUCGAAAUCUGAGAUUGAAGCUCUGAAUAACCGAAUCCGUUAUCUUGAAGAAAGGCUUACUGGUGUGAAGACAGAGGAGCCCGGAGAAUUCCUCGACAUGUUGGAAGCGAAGGAGUCUGAUGGAGAAUCAGAGUACCACUACUCUGAAACAGAGUCAGAACUGCAAAGCGAAGAUGAUGAUCAAGAGAAGCUGCUUCAAUCUAUUAAUCACCGUGGAACCUAGUGCGUCUCAGACUUAGUUUACAUGUCUAGGCUCAGCAUCAUCUUGUCAUGCAUUUUUAGCUUCUUCGUGGGUGUUGAAUCUGUUUCUCUGUGUUUGAUCUCUGUUCUUCCUUUUUCUUCUGGUUGGUUUAUGAGGUUGUGAAAUUUUGUCAUAUUCCGUAGUUAGGGUUAAAUCUUCAUGUUUUCUUCUUUCUUGGAUUUCUUGUGGAAAAAACUACUGAUAAAAAUAAAACUGUGGAAGG